AUGGAGAGCAAAAUUCUAAGCUCAUAUCAACUCCCAAGACCAACCGGAAAAAAGAUACUGAUCAAAUGUGUUGCAUCGCGAGAUUGGCUGGCAGUUAAAGUGCUUUCAAACAGAAUUCAUGUGUUUUUCAGGGAGAUCCUUAGGGAAAUUUGGAAUUUCUCAAACGACCCAGUUGAAAUUUUACAAGAUAAAUUAUACAAACCCUUGGAGAAGGAGAAUCAAUCAUCAGUUAAUUUCCUUGUUUUGACUUCCGAUGGGUCCAUCUGGCGUAUACAAUCACAAGCGCCUAAAAAAAGGAGAAAUUUCGAAGCGGAAUUGGAAGAAAGUAAAGAUUCUCCUUCACGUCAAGUCAGAAAAAUCGACGGGUCUAGUGGUGACAGUACUACAACACAGAAUGUAGUACAUAAUCGUGAUUAUUCAACAGAGUUUCAUUCUCGCUUACUACCACCUUCGAUAAUCACUGUCACGGAAGGUCAUAAAGUUUUUCAUCAGAAAAACACUUGUGCAAUACGGUCAUGCAAUCUUUUUAAUACCCACGGCAUUAUGAUGAUGUGUCACGAUGGAGAAAUAGGAUUUCUAUCGUUGAUUAACCAAACUCCCACAAAUAAAAUUAUCUUUCAGCCUGAAACAUUAGUUCGAAGCGACCCUCAAAACCCUCAGGUCACAUGUUUACUAUGUCCAUAUGAUCCUAAAAAGAUUGGAAAUGCGAAUGACCCAAAUUUUGGUUCUUCAUCGCGCAUAUCUAGUGAAUUAGCAAUGAUCGCUUUUGGAUCACCAAAUUUGCAACAGGAAAUGUUGCUUACAGGAUAUUCAAAUGGCUUGAUAUGUUAUCAAUCAUUAGUUAUACAUGCACCGUCUCCGGGGGUCGUGACUGCCUUGAAAGAACCUAUUCAAUCCAUUUAUACAUUAUCACUGAAACGUGAAUCAGUUGAUGAAUCAAGAAUAGUUAGAACACCUAUUACCGAAAAACUUCACAAUGCAUUCCUCAUCGUAGGAACAAAAUGCACUAUAGCUUUAAUGGCCGUCGCGACAAAGACAAACGGGGACUCGGACAAGAAGUCUAUAGCUUAUAAGGAAUAUUAUGUUUCCGAGCCAAUACAUUCAUCGUUUUUAUUUAAGAAUCGGUUGAUAUUGGCAGCCGGAACGGGAAGAAUAAUUGUCAUGAACUUUGACGAUAUUGUGUUUUCAGGGGACAAGCUUGUUUCAUUGUAUACGAUCCCAGCAUAUCUUCCGAUGGGGAUUGUUGAGUUGUGCUAUCAUUGUGACGAAGACAAAAGUUCUAAUGGCGGUAUAUUAUACGCCUUAUCUCGUGAAGGAAAAUUGAUUCGUGCAAGCUUUUUAAUGACAAAUGAAAAUAAACCAAAGCAUCUGAUGAAUGCAGCAGAGAUGAAAAACGAGAUUAGAAUCAAAUUAAACAGAAUUGCAGAAUUGUCAGCCCAGCAGGAUGAAUUGGAGAAGAUUAAUGAACUCUUAAAUGGUGCCAUCGCCGCAAGAAAUAUGGUAAUCCCAGAAUUGCAGCGCCUUUAUAAAAGGCGGGAUUCUGCAAAAGAUAAGAGUCCUCCAUUGAAGGUCGAAUGCUAUCCCGUAACUACUUCAACUUCUUUAGCUGGAAGCGUUGUGCAUCGAGCAUAUUUAAAAAUACGCUUGACGAGCAAUCUAGGAAUUAAUUGGUCUCAGUAUUGGUCGUUAAUUAUUCGAAUGGUGAAUCUUAAUAUGUCGGAUUCUCGUUCUACUAAGAAUUCAAAUGAUCCCUUUUCCGUGAUGUCGUAUUCGGUUUCAUUAGGUGACAUGACAGUAAUCUGGGAACGAGAUGUUGAGAUUAAUUUAAGAUAUCUUCAAUUUCCUAUCUUGAUAAAGCUUGGUUUGUGCUUUUCUCCCCCUACGCCAAUGAACACGUCAAAUGACGAACAUUAUCAAUCAAAAUCCAGCUAUUUCUUUUUGCUCAAUGUCCAAUAUGAUAUAUUGGAUUUCAUAAAACCAUGUUCCACAAAUAUCUUACACCGUUUGCAGAAAGAAAGGCAUUUUACCGUUUAUCCGACUAUGCCUGAAUUUGUCCCUCCGCUAGAUGGAAAUUUCUUUGCGACAAGGAAUGAAUUCAGGAAGACAUUGGAGUCGAUUGUCAGUAUUUACGGAAGUAAUACAAUCAGAGAAGAAAAGCCAGUUUCAGAUUUUAUAGAAUCACUUAAUUGUGGGUCUGCUGCAAUUAAAUUUUUCUUAAGAGCAAGUAAAAAUAGCGAUUCUAAGCAUACAGAUGCAGUGGAUCCUAGUGUAGAUGACGCGUUUGAUCGGUGUUUGACAAUGUUAUUAGGAGAAGCUAUUGAGGCUUCUUCCACCUAUAGCUCCAAACUGCAAGAGAUAGUGACUAAGCCUGAUUACGCUGUGUUCAUUGCGCCAUUGAGCUUGGAUCCUGUCAUUAUUAAUCUAAGGAGAUUGGACGAAAACUGCAUUGAAGAAACGGUUCCUCUAAAUUCCAUACCAACGGAGCUUAGAAUUAAAUGUGAUUCGACCGAGACUUUACUACUCGUAGAGGAGGCCAUACUAGGAAGGCUUGAAGAUUUUUCUUCAAAAGACGAAGCUGAGAUGGACAUUGAUGAACCUGUCUACCGCUUUGUUAAUCAGGAAGUGAUGGAUAAAAUUAGUAGAAUUAAACAUAACCGUAAUGAAUUAAGAAAAUUACAUGGCAUUCAUAUGGAUUCGAAUAAUGAAAAUCCAGUAAAUUGGGAAGAUUUGCUAAAAAUAUCUGAACAUUUGGAAAAUGACGUUAAGGAGGUUGUUAAUACAGUAAAGGCCGGAAUUGAUAACACGUGGUUAGGUGGUGUCGUCGAAUUGUAA